AUGGAUUCUGUUUGCAAAACCAGCGAGAAUCUCGCCGAUGAAGUCGCCGCUCUUCUUGCUCCUCUUCCAAGUCUCCAAGUGCAGGCAACUCUCUUUCUCUCUAUCUCACUCUCACUUGAGUAUUUCAAACAGCUAAUAACCAAUAGAGGAUGCAGUGGAAUUGAAGUCAAACAUAAUGGCAUCAUCGGAAAAGGUGUCUAUGCCAAUUCAGAGUUUGAGGAAGAUGAACUCAUUUUGAAAGAUCAGAUUCUUGUUGGCAUCCAACAUUCAUCUAACAAGGUGGACUGUUUGGUCUGCAGCUUUUGUUUCCGGUUCAUCGGAUCAAUCGAGAAGCAAAUAGGCCGGAAAGUGUAUUUCAAGAACAUGGGUCUCUCUGGUUGUUGCGAAGGCGAUUCAUCUGAUGAUGAAUGCAUCAAGUACAAUGUAGACGAGGAACAGUUUGGUGAAAGCAGCUCGAAUCAUAACUCUCUUCCGCAAGAAGUUGUUAGUUCUCUGAUGAACGGUGAGAUGGCAUUGCCACACACUGAUAAGUUUCCUUUGCCUUCUCCUCUUGCUUGUCCUGGAGGAUGCCAGGAAGCUUUCUACUGUAGUGAAUCAUGCGCAAAGGCAGAUUGGGAAAGUUCUCAUUCUUUACUUUGCACUGGUGAGAGGUCUGAAUCAAAAUCCAGAGAAGCUCUUGGAGAAUUUGUAAAACAUGCUAAUGAGACAAAUAAUAUUUUUCUCCUGGCUGCAAAGGCGAUUGCAUUUACCAUUCUAAGGUACAGGAAACUGAAAGCAGAACAUGUGAACAAACAAGCAAAACAGAGUGUGACAAAGCAGUCGCUACUCUUGGAGGCAUGGAAACCAGUAUCGGUUGGAUUCAAAAGAAGGUGGUGGGACUGUAUUGCGUUGCCAGAUGAUGUUGAUCCAUCUGAUGAAGGAGCCUUCAGAAUGCAGAUCAAGGAUCUUGCAUGUACGUCUUUGGAGCUCCUGAAGACAUCUAUAUUUGACAAAGAAUGUGAAGCCCUUUUCUCGCUUGAUAUCUAUGGGAAUAUCAUCGGCAUGUUUGAGCUGAAUAACCUAGACUUGGUGGUAGCAUCACCAGUAGAAGACUAUUUCUUGUAUAUCGAUGAUCUUCCAGAUGCAGAAAAGGAAGAAGCUGAGGAAAUCACAAGACCGUUUCUAGAUGCUCUUGGUGAUGAGUAUUCAGACUGUUGCCAAGGAACGGCUUUCUUCCCUCUGCAGAGCUGUAUGAACCAUUCAUGUUGUCCUAAUGCAAAAGCCUUCAAAAGAGAAGAGGACAGAGACGGACAAGCAGUUAUUAUUGCGUUAAGACGCAUCAGCAAGAACGAAGAGGUGACGAUUUCAUAUAUAGACGAGGAGCUUCCUUACAAAGAGAGACAGGCAUUACUUGCAGACUACGGUUUCAGCUGCAACUGCCCCAAGUGUCUGCAUGAUUCAUCUGCAUAA